GCUUGUUAUUUUUUGUGAACUAUAUUCAGUAUUUUUGCGUUUCUUUUUGAAUUCAAGAUACCAAAAAACAGUAAAAACAAAUAAUAUUUUCAAAUUUCUUCUAUUUGAAGGUGUAAAACUUUUUCAACUAAUCUUAUAAUACACCAACGGGACGCAAUGACCUCGUGCGUUUGAUCUGUGUAAUCUCCGUAAAUAACAUCGUUCUCAUGGUGCUCUGAAGGAGAACAUAGCAAAACUGAAUAUGCAGUCUGCUAUAAGUCCUCGUAAAAAGCUGAAAAGUCCAUUACAGGAUGCUAUCAUCAAUCCCAAAACAUCUGUCACAUGCUCAAAUGUCCCAGACAGUCUAUUUGAUGCAGCUGCAGCCAAGAAGCACUUCAGCAAGUUUGGACGAGUCCAGAAAAUAAGGCUUUUCCCAAAGCGUCACAUUUGUAUCAUAGAGUAUGACCAGCCAAGCUCUGCUGAGAGGGCUGUGCUAAAUGCUGGUGCUUAUGAUGGCUUCAUGUUUGACGUUACUCGCCGUCAAGCUAGGGUGCGAAAACGCAGCACAAGAAAAGAUGAUGAUCCAGACUGGGUGCCUGAUUCUGAUGUUGAAGAGGAACUAUCAGCUAUGGGUGGAGCACCAACUUACAGAGUCACUCGUCAAAAAUCCAUGGAUGUUGAGCCGGAAGUUAAAACCCCACCUUCAAAAUUGAGGAUACCGGCGAGAUCACUGAAACAGACUCCAUUGAAGAAAAAACUGCCAAUACGAGAGAAGAAGCUUGCGAUUGCACAACCAGCUAAGGACAUGGAAGCUCCAGUGGCGAUAGUGACCACACAAACAACUCUGAGCACCUUGGAGGCAGCAACGGAACUGAAUCAGCUGAGAACCAAGGUUUCCUUGUCUCCUGAUGAGCAAUGGAGAAUUCUGGAUGCAAGAGACAGGAUUUUGAGAGCUUGGGGCGGGGCUGGUUCCCGAAUCAAAGUGGGUGGUGCUACGAUAGGUACCUGUCAAGAUAUGUGCCCAGAAAAAGAGCUAUUGCAUAGACAAGCAGAACAUCAGGUGAUGACGCUAGAGACAGUGGUGGACUCAGACGGGGAGCUGGAACCAUGGCGAGCGGUGAAGCAGUACAGCCGCAGUUCAGCCGACCAGGAGAUCCCCAUGUGCUACGAGUUGCGGCCCGCGCCCGUACUCAUGCGUACAUGCGCUUAUCUGCUGCACGAGAUAGCUGAUACUAAGAGACAGGUCUCAUUGGCUGAUUGGUUCCACUUCAUGUGGGAUCGUUUCCGCGGUAUCAGGAAGGACAUAACACAGCAGGCUCUGUGUUGUGCAGAGUCCAUUUGCUUGGUGGAAAUGUGCGCGCGAUUUCACGCGCACUGUGCCGCUCGCCUCGCAGACCUCGAACAUACGCAGUUUGAUCAGAAGCUCAAUACAGAUAACCUGACAAAAUGUCUGCAAACUCUGAAGCAUAUGUACGCAGAUGUGGGCCCCGAACAAAAGCCUAGGGAAGCAGAAUUUAGAGGAUAUGUUGCACUACUUAAUCUUGGUGACGCUAACUUUUGGUGGGAGAUCAAACAACUGCCAAUCGAGAUACAGAAAUCGGCUCCUAUAAUCUUCGCUAUCAAAGUGUUUAAUGCAAUAGACAACAACAACUACGUGAGAUUCUUCCGCCUAGUGAAAGAAGAAGCGACGUACCUACAAGCAUGUAUUCUAUUGCGAUACUUCAACGAUGUACGAGCUAGGGCUCUCGCCAGGAUCGUCAAAGCUUACGCUCCUAGAGGCGGUUCUCGCUACCCUGCCGAAGAAAUGAUGAACUCACUUGCUUUUGAAACAAUAGAAAACUUGAAAUCGUUCAUCAAUCAUUAUGGUCUCAGACUAGCAAGAACUGAGGAGUGUGAAGGCGAAAUCACAAUAAUAUUGGAUAGAAAUCACUUUAUUGAAGACAGCGAUCCUUAUCCUACAUCAAGAUCUAUUAACUUGAUUGAAUCCAAAAGGAAACUAACAGUGGGUGAAAUUAUAGCUGGCGGACAACUUCCUUCUGCUGAGUAUAGUCGUCAUGCGUUGUACACCAGUUUUAACCCAGAUGGGAGACUAAAGGAAAGUGCACUAACUGCGGGCGAUCAGGGCUACAACACUUUGAACGACAGCAACAAAGACGUACAGACUCUCAAAGCAGAAAUUCAAAGAUUGUCUCAAGGUAGAUCACAUGUGAUGGAAGUAAGAGCACAAGUACCAGAACCCAAGACGAAUCUUUUCGUCAAACCUGAUGUAUUAUCCACAAGUCCAAAACAACAACAAAAAUUCAACGCACCAAUAAACCCCAUAUUUAUGAAACCACCCCCUGCCUUCAACGAAGCCAAGCAGUUUCAAUUUAAGCCAGCUAUACCCGUUGCACCAACGGAUAUUAUUAAAAAUUCGCCCGAAAAAAUUGAAGAUACAAAAAAUAUAUUCUCGUUUUCUAAACCACAAGAAACUGUACCUCCCAACUUAUUCACUAGAAAAAUCGAAAAUACAUCAGGUCCAGGUAAUAAAAUUUUUGGAAAUGUAAACAAUGAUAAGGAUCAAAACUCACAACCUCUAUUCAAAAGUACAAAACCUGAAGAACCUAAUAUAUUCAAAAAACCAGAAUCAAGUUCUGUGUUUGGGCAGCCAAUUCAAACAAAGCCUUCAACAAAUUUGUUUACUAUGCCUAAGAAUGUAUUCUCAGCAAAGGAUGAAAAAGUCGCGGAUCCACAACCAUUAUUUAAUAGUAAGAAUAUAUUUGCUGGUGUUAAGAAUGAUAUCUUCUCAAAACCUGACCCGACACCGGCUUUUGAAAAAAGUGGUAAUAUAUUUGCAAAGCCGAUACCGCCGACGGGAGAAGAUAAGCGUCCAACAAAUAUAUUCGGUAGUUUUUCCAAGCAGGCAGAAAGCAACAAUUUGUUUACCAAACCUGGAAAUGCAGAAGAUCAAUCAAAGCCUAAGAGUAUAUUUGCUAAUGGUGAAGCUGCAACUAGUAAAUUGUCGCCAGGAAGUCUUUUCAAAAGUGCAAUUAUCCCGCCGAACGGUACUGAUAAUAAGAACUAUUCUAUCUUUCAAUCCAAAAAUAAAGCACAAACUGUUGCUGACAAUAUUUUAAAUUCAAUACCACCAACGGAUACUCCAUCUAUUUACGAAUUUAACCAAAACGAGGAUGAAGAACAAAAACAGGCGGAGCUUCAGCGUCUUAAUGCUGAAAGAAUGCGAAAGGAAGAGGAGAGAUUGUUGCAAGAAAAAAUAAGAAAAGAAGAGGAAAUGAGGAGAAUAGAAAUGCAGCGACAAGAGGAAGAAAGGCGUAAAGAAGAAGCACGAAGAAGACAAGAAGAGCUUAGGCUUCAAGAAGAAAAACGCAGGAAGGAAGAGCAAAGGAUUCAAGAGGAACUUAAGAAGAAAUUGGAGGAAGAAAAGAAGGCCGAGUUAAGACGUAAGGCUGAAGAAGAGCAGAAAUUCAAAGAGAGAGUUGAAAAAGAGUCAGCUGAGCUUGUUGAAGAGCUUAUCACUGAAAUAAAUGAUGCAACUGUAAAGACUAUAUUAAACGAAGAGUUGGAUAAGUUUAACAGUUUAAUGAAUUUUGCUAAUACGGUAACUGAUGAAAUAGUCAUGAAUUUAUCCAAUGAGAUAUCUGAGGCUGAAUUGAAAGCAGAAAUAUUUUUAACACGGCGCAUUAUGAAGAAAUGGUUUUAUGUGUGGAGGAAACAAUACAAAAGGAAUAUAAAGAGGCGAAACCUUCUAGAGGAUACUCCUGUUUGGCUGACUCGUAAGACUCCACUAGAAGAGGCAUCGUGUUUGAGACGAUUUGUUGAAAACGCUGCACUAAGAAAUAUGAAUGCCAUUCACAGAGGUUACAAGUUUACUGGGGAACUAAGACAAUUGCCAACUCCUGAACCAUACAACAUUAUGGAAAUAAUUAGAUCGCCUCUAUUGAAGCGCAUGAAACAAAUAAGCUAUCCAUACGAUAAAUGCUUCUUUUGGAAACUGACCCUUGUGUCACCUGGUGGAAUGAAAUGGUUACACAAGAAGGUUAACAUCGAAAAAUGGAUUCUGGAUGUUUUCAGUGAUAAAAAACAGCAUGAAGUUUCUGAUACAUUGAUACAUGUUGGGAAACAGUCUUGGAAUCAUUUGAUGGAUUUUGCUAUAUCUGUAAGUUUAAUCAGUAAAGAUAAAGAGAUGAAUGGUAACGAAGCCAUCGAAGGUGAUAAUGCUUUGCUAUUUUAUGCCUCUGAGAAUGAUAACGAUCUUGCGGAGACAAUUGAAGGCACUCUGAAACACAAAUAUCCGUACCAAAUAGUUCCAGUGGCCGUCAUCAUUCCGAAAAUGGAAUUUGUUCAGCACCGCGUGGAAGCCCUUCUGUCAAAUCUUGCACAAAGAAAUAUUAUAGCAGCUUAUAAAAUAUUUAUAAUAGAUUCGCAGAAUGUUCUUGAAGCAUUGAAUGUGUCGACCAAGAGUGCUAUGAAAUGGUUGGCGAAAAAAUUCCCACAAACCCCACCACUGGAAAUAGAUUACUUGAAAUCUAUUUGUCAGAGAUAUCUCGGAAAUGAAAUUUGGUGCAGAUUAAGGUUGGAAAAAGAUAAUCGUAUGAACGUUGUUAUAAGAGAUUUAUACAAAUUAAUUAACUGCUACAACAUGGCUGUGGAUAACUUAACGAAGGCCAUAACAAAUGAAGAUCUAUUUAACUACCCAUCAUUUCCAUUAGAGUUUCAUCAAUAUUUGGAUAUGACAUCUCCUUAUCCAAAACCGCAUGAGUUCAUUCCAAGUAGCGCCAAGACUGCUGAUAAUGUUGCGGCAAUCAAAAGGAUUAUGAAUCAAUUGAAAUUGCCUAACCCUUCAUCGGAGUUUAACCCCGUGAAUGCAAUCAGUAUGCAACAACAAAUGAGUAGCUAUUGCAACCAGAUAGGCUGGUUUGAGAACCCUGAAGAGGUGUUGUGUAGAGUUGUAGCUGUGCUGCCAAAUGAACUCGCAGACAUAACAAUGCCACGUGAGGAUUUCAACAGAUGUUUCGCUCAAUAUAAUCUUUUAGACUUUAUGAAUAUAAUUGUUUAUGAAAAGAUUAAUAGACUGAAGAAUUUCGAAAAUCGAUUUGCAGUUUAUGAGAAAUCUUGUAUGGAAGAUUAUCGUAGUGCACUUUGGUUGUAUGAAGUGAAUGUCAUUACUGAAAUGAAGCACAAAGCUUUAGAGUAUGAAGAUGAUAUUGAUUAUUAUAUAGAAGCCAAGCGUCGGAAGAUAGAAAUGGAUUCAUUAGAAUACCUUAUGUUAGAAGACAAGGAUCGCACAUUAGUUGAUGAAACUAUAAAGGAAACAGAUGAGAACAUAUCCAAAUACGACAACUGUGCAGAAGCUGUCAAACAGCUCGAAAAACAAAUUGAAGAGGGAAAACAGAAAUCAUUAGAAUUUGAAAAUUUACUCAAAGCUGCUUUAGGUGAUAUUUAAAUGAAAGUGUAUUUUUUCUAUAAAAAUGUGAAUGAAUUGUGUUGUUUCAUUAAAUUGAAAUGUUUGAUUUUCUAAA